GUAACAAUGUAUCUUAAAAGGUAACACGAUGUAAUCUUGCUCUCACUUGAAAUGUGUCCCAACAUUUAGUCCUUGAAUUUGAGGGUAUUGGACCUGGAAAGUCCUUGAAAAUUCCUUAACUUUGAAGUUAAGGUGUGCUUUCUAUAACAUCUUGUUUUGUCAUUUAUAUUUUUCAUAUGUACAUAUACAGUAUGUUGAAAAUAAUGUUCUCUCUCUCCUCUCAUGAUUUCCUAGUGAUGGCUGCUCUGAGCACAACAAAUAUAAAAGAAGUAAAUUGUACUUUUUUAUCCACAAAAUUUCCUUAUGAUGGCUCUAUUCUGUAGUUUAAAGAGCAUAAUGAUGACUUUGUAGAUACAGUCAUGGACAUUCAGUCAGGCCAUUUUGCUUACCGGCCCCCUCAUAAUCCUGACCUCAACCCCAUCGAGCAAAUUUGUGGUGAGUUGGAAAAUAAACUUGUACAUUCAAAGGAAAGCAUUUGCCUUGAGAAAUAGGGGAAAUUUGAAAUAUAUUAAUGCUAUGCCAGAGUAAUUGCUGUGGAAAUACCAAAUAUUAAAGUUAAAAGUGGAACAGCAUGAUGACUCACGUCAUUUGAUAUUUGUUGCGCUCGGAACAACCAUCAUUAGGAAAUUAAAUCAUGAUUUGGAGGCAAAAGUCAUUUUUUUCAAAAUCUGUCAGGUGUUCUUAUAAUUUUAGCCACCACUGUAUAAAUGGAUAUAUAUGAGUUUGGCCACCGUAUACAUGGAGAUAGAUUUAGACAUUUUAGGAUUUUAGUUGUUUUUAAUCUUUUUUUUUUCUUUUUUUUUGCUGUUUCAUCGUAUUGAUAAGGUGGGUAAGUUCGGGUGCUUCAGACAGAAACAAUAGUUUAUUUGCAGUGUGGGAUGGGCUGCUGCCGCUGCAGUCGGGCUCGUUCUGAUGAGAGGGAUUGAUCGAGCGCGCGCAGCUCGCGAGUCGCGCUCACGCUCUCAUUGUGAAUAUGUCACACGCGCGUAGAAAGAAUCCGCUGAUCUUUACAUUCACGAGCCGCACAGAAAAGGACAUGUAUUAGCGGACCCAUCAUGAGCCAAACUGAGGUGUCUUCCCACUAGCCCCCCACCCAGUAAUUAAUGGUCUCGAGUUACUUGAGUCUUUGAGUAACUACAAACAAAACACUUGAAGGAUCAAGCUGGAGAUGUCAGGCCCGAGUGUGAGUCGACACGGUCGCAGCGUGAAGAAGAGAAGGUGGGGAGGAUUGAGAAAACAGCUGAAACUUCUGGGUCUCUUUGAGAUCGACCAACAACAUGAGUUUUACAGCCUUACCUGUAUGAUGAAGGAAGGGCUGUGUGCCGCCAUUCAAAACACCAUUGACAACCCUUUACCUGAAGAGCUAUCAGAAGAUGACUACAAUCUUGAGGUUACACAAAUCCAUAAGGACUUCAGGAUGGAAACAUAUGCCGGGCCAGUUUUUGCCAGUUUGCGACGUUCUCUAGGGAUGACAGAAAAGGAAUAUCAGCAUUCCCUCUCUUCUGAAGGCAGCUAUCUGCAAUUUAUCAGCAAUUCCAAGAGCAAAGCAGACUUCUUUUUAACUAAUGAUAAGAGGUUCUUCUUGAAGACACAGAGUAAAAGAGAGGUCCGAUUUCUCCUGUCUAACUUGAGAAUUUACAUGGAACAUUUGGAAAAGUAUCCACAUUCUCUACUUGUCAAAUUUUUAGGUGUUCACACAAUCAAAAUUUCUCACCAAAAGAUGAAGUACUUUAUUGUGAUGCAAAGUGUCUUUUACCCAGAUGAAAGAAUCACUGAAAGGUAUGAUAUUAAAGGCUGUGAGAUGAACCGGUGGACAGACCCAGCCCCUAAAGGCAGCCAGAUCAUUGUUGUUUUGAAGGAUCUCAAUUUUGAGGGAAAGUUCAUUAAUCUAGAUCAACAGCGUCUUUGGCUCUUGCGUCAGGUGGAGAUUGACACGACCUUUCUUCGGUCACUCAAUGUGCUGGAUUACAGCCUCUUGCUGGCCCAACAGCCCCUGCAUCAGGAUGAGCUCAGUCAGAACCUCUCUUUCGCAACACUCAUCAUGCGUGCCACAAAGUCAGUACAUGCAACGUCCAGUCCUACGCACGUCGCUACACCCACUAUUCCUGGAGUGGUGGGAGAAGACUACACCACUCUUAUCUCCUCAGAACUAAACUGUGCUUCAUCACAAGGUCACACCACAGAAAUACGCUGUGACAUGCAUGGCGGUGCAGACAACGGAAGUUAUGAAGGAGAAAGUAUGGAGCAACCUAGCAGGGUGGGAGCAGAAUCGGCAGAUCUACAAGAAUUUCAGGCCCAGAAUCGAAGGCUGCUGCCUAACUUUAAGAACCCACUUCACGUUAUUGAUGGACCGGAGGAGCGUUACUUCAUCGGGAUCAUUGAUGUCUUCACUGUUUAUGGUUUCAAAAAGAAGCUUGAGCAUCUGUGGAAAAGACUCAGAUAUCCACGACAUACAUUCUCAACAGUGAGCCCGCCAGUCUACUGUCACAGGCUAUGCCAGUGGGUUCAGAAUCAUACCAAAUAAAGCAUGAGAGAUUUGAAA